UCUAUACGGUGGUAUACGGUAAUUCAUCCCAUGAUCCUGUUCUCCAAAAUGCUAGAUAUGCUAUGAUUCUAUAUUCAGAAAUAUAGCCAAUACAGUGCCGUUGCAUGUUGAGAAUAUAAAAGCGGCUCGAGGCAGAGACUCUAGCGUUGACGGCGAAGGACGGGCGUUUACGAUAUACAUCCCCCAUAAAUGGUCCCGUGAGCGACGGACAUCAUGAAUACUGGGGAUUUUCAGACGCAGCUAACAUCCAUAAUGGAAAUGCUGGCAAAAACAGCCGUUGUGGAAAUAGGUAAACUUUUCGAGGAGAAUUCUCUGCUGCUGCGGUUAGAGAUUUCACGCUGUACAAACGAAAACGAAUCCCUGAAAAAGAAAUGCCAUUUUCUGGAGAAUGAACUUAGGUGUGCGCGGAAAAGCGCUGGGAAGAUGAACGGGACAGAAGCUCAAUUCAACCAUCCGGGACUUACAGAAGCCGGACGUCGCCCUGCAAUCGACAACGUCUUCGGUAAGGAAUGGUGCAUGAACCUCUGGAGACACGAGGAGUCACAUGUCGGAGAGCAGGAGGACACGCAUCUGGACUCUUCAGCCAUUGUAGAAGAGCCAGUAGAUUUACUAGACGACGAACCAGAUAUGAUCAUGAUCAAAGAGGAGACAUUUGAAGACUGCUCUGCGAAAAAUAACACGGAGGAAGUUGAAAAUUCCAGUUUGAGAGGACCUUCAGCGACCGGUGAUGAAAGAUGCGUCGCCCAGAGCUCUGAAGAUUUUAUCACGUACACGGUACCUUCAGAUGACCCAGUCCAGUCCAGCGUACAGCAGACGCCAGCUGAAGAGCAAGCUCUCGAUGGAACGAUCUCUACGCACGGAGAAAGCACAACAGAGCAAACGUUCCUCAGCCCACACAACCACGCAAGUACUCAAGAGGAGAAAAGGUUUGAGUGCGUGUUCUGUCGGAGAACCUUCAACAAACUAACCUACCUGAAAGCGCACAUGCGGACGCACUCCGGAGAAAAACCUUUCGUCUGCACGGUUUGCGGCAAAAGGUUCGCUCAAAAAACGUACCUCCGGAUACACCAGCGCACUCAUUCCGGGGAGAGGCCGUACUCGUGCAUGGAGUGCGGAAAGAGCUUUGCUCAGAAGAGCUCUCUAAACGUACACCUCCGCAGCCACACUGGAGAAAAACCAUAUAGCUGCUCAGAGUGUGGCAAAAGCUACGCGUACAAACAGGGUUUCAAUACACACCAGUGCUUCGGUUAAACUAGCAGUGCAUACCGAAGUGAACCAUUAUUUAAUCGCAUCUGUAUCGAAGUGUGCAUUACUCUGCAAUAUGAAUCAAAAUGUUCCUUCACAGAAACGUAUGUCCUUCAACAGUGUUUGGAUACGUGUUAUAGUCACCUGUGCAUUGACUUCACCUUCAUUUAGGACCAUCUAGAUGUGUAUUCAUUUGAACGGAGGGAUAAAUAAACAUGCUUUAAUAAACUUGACAUAAAGUAA